UUUAUUUUAUGUUAGGUUUUAUACUACCAUACAAAGAAAAGGGGAACAUGUUUGCUUGUUAUUUAGAGUAAUAGAGCAUCAAAAAGCUUUAGAACACAUUAAAGUACCAGCAAUCGUGUUUAUGUUACAUGUGUCGAACGGCGAUAAAUAUUAUUCACAAGAUGUAUGGCACCGUAUUCCACCGAACGUAUCACGCUCUACUAACAAUCUCUAAAAGACAGUUAGUAGUCCUUGGUAAAGAUUGUUUUAAGUGGCUGAUGCGGGCAUGCGCGAAGAAAAUGCUUGAGAGGUCGAUCUAUGCCUUCUCCAAAACAGUUGUGAAUCCCAAGUUCGCCGAGAAAGGCUUACAGAUAGCUGCCUCCUUUGCCAUUUUAAGACCAGUUCUGUUUGCUGAUCGUCGGGGUCAUAUUACCUCAUCCACACCGCAGAAAAUCUUGCUUUUAAAUGGCGUUUAUGCUAGUGGUUUGAUUGCGGUUUAACGACAAGCGAUCGUGGGAAGUUGAGGUUCAUCUCAUUAGACUGAAAUGCUGUUGACUAGCUUAUUGAUUCAGUAUGGAGCACUUGAUGAAAUUAAGUGGUAGUGUCCCGUGUCUGUCACUCAAUCCACUUGGAUCUUUUCACAACAACAGGUACUACAUCAACGAUGAAUGCUUGAUUAACCUUAACGAAAUCUGCAACAAGUUACGUAGCGAGGAUCCAAAUACUCGCCCAUUUCGACGUGCCAUCGGCUUUUUAGAUGUUCUAAACAAGGAUCUAAUCCCUAUUUUAGUAGGCAACAAGGAUCAGCCUGAAAUCUUUUAUUCAACAAUCAAACUGUUAGUGGAACUUACCGUUCCUAUCGAAGGCCUCAUUUGCACGGAGACGUCUAAACGGACCGCAUCAAAGAAUAUUGUCAUUCACGAAAUAGAACAGCUCCUCUACAGUGCCAAGGAAGCAUUUUUGGAUGGUAGGGCUACUCUCGCUGUGCUCCGUCAUCUUCAUCAUCUUUUAGAACAGCGAACGUUGUCGAGCGAUGAAAACAAAUGUUUAAAUGAUUCGCUGGCCCUGAUUUACAAUGUUCUUCACGUGCCUGAACGACAUACUAACGAGCACAGUAAUGUUAAGGCAGCUGGUGUGGAGGCAACUGGUGAGACGGUAGCCCAGCAACCAACAGGAAGCAUUUCAUCGCGUCUUCAUCAACUGCACUCGAACGGCAAAAGUUACGGGAUUGGUGGGCGACAAAGUCGAUUAAUGUGGAACUUAUUUACACAAGGAUUGGAUCGUAUUCUAAUCACUUCGCUGACGAAAUCUGAAAAGAACGACUGGAUCGCGAAUAUCGUGCGGCUGAUGUCCUUCAUUUACAAAGAUCAUUACAUGGAAGAAAUGGAAAAAUUGGUGGAUACUUGUAUUCUGACAUACAAAGAAGCUGAGCCUGACGGUGACUCCAACGAUAGACCACUUCUGAUCGACUCCUUCAACAGUCAACAGUUUCUGAAUUUUCCGUGUGACCAACCUUGUCUAAUAGGUAAAAGCUGUGCUGCCCUCACACGUGGAUUGCAACCAACGAUGAUCCUGUCGCCAACGAUACGGGAUCCGGUGACGAGGAAAACCGGAUGUAAUAAACGUCACAAGGUUUCCGGAGAAACCGAGUGUUUGUCCACCGUAACCUCAUCACUACACGGCAAACGAUCAAAUAAAUCAGAGCAUUACAGCCAAUCUAACACAUCCAGCAAAUUGUUUUUGAGUGACGCUCGAUGCAAACAGGGAAACCGUUGGAUGACGCAUUCUCGUAAAAGGAAAUAUUUGGGGCUUCGUCGUCAAGGCAACAGUGAAAAAUCCGACAAAACAUUUAAAAGCAAUAUUGUUCCGGCUGCUUUAUCCAUUCCUGGAUCAGCCAAACAAAAUGCAGAAACGUACAUAAUGAGGAAAGAUGAUACGGAAGCGGCGGAAGAACUUUCUUGGAAGAGCUGCAAAUGCAACCGGGAAACGGGACGAUUUAUAAAGAUGAAAGUAUUGCAGCACAUGCCAACCAAAGAGGACAUUUCGCAUCUACUAGCAGACUUUCUCAUUGAUUUUCUACUCAACGGCUAUAAUACCUUGGUGGGCCACCUUCAUCAGCAAUUACUACAACAGAAAGACGCCCCGUCAUUGUUGGAGGAGGCUCCUUUUCUCUGGUUAAUCUCCUACUUCCUACCUUUCAUUUCAAAAUUGAAACUGGAUGUCGGACGGUUUACGAACGUCUUUACUAUUGAUCUCCUAUGCUUCCUGACGUGGGAGGUUGUUCACCAGGAGGAGGUAUUUGAAAUGAAUUCCAUGCAGCCCACAAAAGACGUGGAGCCUUGCCUGCGACGUUUGCACUUAGGCGUGAAGGCUAUAUGCGAAUAUUUGCAAAUCUUCAAAGUAUAUUCCUCUGCCAAAAAGGGUUCUACCCCAAUUAAUGAACUGCAGUUGGGAAACCGCGGAGAAAAAUUUCUUUUUGAUUUACGUAGUUAUCUACCUGCUGUUCGGGAUCUUCGGCAACUCUUCCUGCUUCAGUUACGUCAUUUUAAUCCCACCAUUCAAAACCGACAGCAUCUCCGUAAUGUAAUCGCAACUAAUCAUAUUUUACUGUUGGAGCUUGAAAGAGCUGCGAAGCAAUCACCACUCGUGGCGAAGAACUUUGAUUUGCAUCAGCACUUGGAUCAAUUCUGCACUGAAACGAUUGUGAAUCGAUACGGCAUUGCGCUGGAAGAUUUCAGGACGAACAGUACUUUCGUGAAUGAUUGCAUCCUCACUUUAUUGCAUCACGUAGGGGUAGAUUUAGAUCGUGUUGACCUCCUCUGUGAACAGGGGAUUUUGCGUUCAUUUCGUGACAUUUGGGAAGAAGAUCUGAACAUAUGUGAUGAUUGGAAAGACCUGAUUGAAUAUGUUAUUCGGAAAUUUUUGCGUAACUAUCAAACAAGCGGCCAUUUCCAUAUGGGUUCUCCUAGCAACCGCUCAAAUGGACCCUGGUAUCCUCAGGAUUCGUUGUCAGGCGAAUCCGAGCAUUUUGAAACUUCAAAAUUGUACCGUAUAGUGGAGACGGGACAUAGCUCCGUCAAAAACGACGCAACGGUCACAGAAGUACAUACCACGAAAACGGAACUAUUGAUCGCUCAGCUGAUCGAUUCAGGAUUCCGAAAACAAUUGGAUUGGAUUCGAUCAUCGUUACUGACAGCUUGUUCAGCUCGAUUAGGCACCUACGCCGGCCAAGAAUUUCGCCACCCUAUCACGUGUCUGAGUCUUCAGAUGAACAUGUCGUGCCCGAUAGUUCCUUGGACAGAAGUAGAAGCAUCCGCUCUACGUUCAGAAACAUUUCUCUACCUUCUUGAUCGCGUUGGUCUUUUUCCUUGCUGUGCACACGAUGCCCUUUAUCCUCGAAUACCGCGUGAAUGGUCAGCAGACACUGUGCUCAGCGUCGCUCUCAUUUUCGGUCCCGUCAAUCAAGAGAUGGUCGAUUUCGAUCUGUCUCUCUGCAAAAAAAAUUAAGCUAUUCGUUUCCAUGUUAUCUAUCCAUUUCACACGUAAGACAUUCACGUUUUUUUUAUGUUUAAAUACUUGGGCGUUGCAGAGUUUAACAGGUGGCAACUACGUAAAAUUUCUCCAUUGUUGGCGUAUCAAACACGAAUUUAAACCAUUUUUUUGUUUUCUAGUCUCACUUUGCUGUUAGAUAAAAAUACGUAAACAGGCCCCUAUUAAUAGCAAUACCGUAAUGUACUUACAAGAUGCAGGUAGUCUUCGAAAAUGGCGACGUUAAGGUUGAGUAGAGUCGAAUGUGUAUUUAGUGUUUGUGGUUCCUAAGGACAAACUAGAAAAACAUGUCAUUCUCAAUCUGCUUGUGAAACAAAGUAAGUGUAUUUGCUAUGCGUUGCAAUUGCUGCAUUAGGUUUAAAGCUUUGUUGUUUGCCCACUCCUUGACUAGCUUAUGUAACUUUUUGUUGGUACGAAAACUGAACAGAAAUCUGGCGGAGAAACACUGAAAAAUGACUCAUGAUAUAUCUCCUGCAGAAUUUUAGGUGCUCAAAAUUUCACGUCCAAAUUUUCUUUUUGAUCUUAUGUUAAUCAGAUCACUCAAUUCUGAAUGUCAGAGGAUACUUCACUUCUUCCAAACUUUUGAGCCCGUACCUCCUCUUCAAUUAUUCAGUCGAAUCGAAUCCCUAUAACAAGUACGACGUGACGUAAGCAUCUGUUCAGUUGUGUCUUUUGGGAUUAUUA